CUUUCACCUCCCGGCCGUCGGCUAACGUGGAAGUCCGACUCGCCGGGGAGCGUUCGGGACCGCGUUGCCCCGGGGAGUCGGGGCGCGCGGGGACGGGCGACCGAGGUCUUGGGGGUGCGGCUCCCGGAGGGAGCGAUGGGGCGCGCGGCCGCCGGGGAGCGGGCGCCGGCGUAAGCGCACGCGGCACCGGCGGCGGCGGGCGCGGGGAGGCCUGAGCGGGCCACCGCCCGGAGCGCCCGGCCUCCCGCACGCACCAUGGCCCCCAUGGGCAUCCGCCUGUCCCCGCUGGGGGUGGCCGUGUUCUGCCUGCUGGGGCUCGGCGUGCUCUACCACCUCUACUCGGGCUUCCUGGCCGGCCGCUUCAGCCUCUUCGGCCUGGGCGGCGGCGAGCUGGGCGCGGCGGGGCCCGCGGGCGCGGCCGAGGCGGGCGCCGUGGUGGACUUGCGCGAGAUGCUGGCGGUGUCGGUGCUGGCGGCGGUGCGCGGCGGCGACGAGGUGCGGCGCGUUCGCGAGAGCAAUGUCCUCCACGAGAAGUCCAAGGGGAAGACGCGCGAGGGAGCCGACGACAAGAUGACCAGCGGCGACGUGCUGUCCAACCGCAAGAUGUUCUACCUGCUCAAGACCGCCUUCCCCAGCGUGCAGAUAAAUACUGAAGAACAUGUGGAUGCAGCUGAUAAGGAGGUUAUCUUAUGGGAUCAUACAAUUCCUGAGGAUAUCUUGAAGGAGAUAACUACGCCUAAAGAGGUCCCAGCAGAGAGUGUUACUGUCUGGAUUGACCCUCUUGAUGCUACACAGGAAUAUACCGAGGAUCUUCGAAAGUAUGUCACAACUAUGGUGUGCGUGGCUGUAAAUGGUAAACCUGUACUAGGAGUUAUUCAUAAGCCAUUUUCUGAAUAUACAGCUUGGGCAAUGGUAGAUGGUGGUUCAAAUGUGAAAGCACGCUCUUCCUACAAUGAAAAGAUCCCACGAAUCAUUGUAUCCCGUUCCCAUUCUGGGAUGGUCAAACAGGUUGCUCUUCAGACAUUUGGAAACCAGACUACAAUCAUCCCAGCUGGUGGUGCUGGUUAUAAAGUCUUAGCACUCUUGGAUGUGCCCGAUAAAAGUCAAGAAAAAGCUGACCUGUAUAUCCAUGUGACGUACAUCAAAAAGUGGGAUAUCUGUGCUGGCAAUGCCAUCCUAAAAGCCCUCGGGGGACAUAUGACCACCUUGAAUGGUGAAGAAAUCAGUUACAUUGGGUCUGACGGCAUUGAAGGGGGACUUCUUGCUAGCAUCAGGAUGAACCAUCAGGCUCUGGUUCGAAAACUCCCAGAUCUAGAAAAGACAGGACAUAAAUAAGCAGAACUGACCUCAGGGGCCAGUGUCCCCAGAGCUGAACUGGUCGGCUUCAGCUGCUCAGUGUCAGAGGGUUGGUAGAGUCUAUGCAUGGUUAAGGCCAUCCUGGACUUUUUUAAGUAUUUAUGAAGCAUCAGAGACUUAUUUUCCCUGUAAUAGGAUACAAAGUCAGGGAAAGUGGGUUGCUUCGUGUCUCAAGUAUUGUCUUUAUUUUUGAGACUAUUUUCGUACAGUUGUCAUACACAAGGCGCAUAUAUAUUUGUGAAUUAAAAUCUAUAGCUGAGUCUACAUUAUGAGCCACCAUUUUCACACAUCAUGAAUCUUCAUUAUUUGUUAAUAACUUUCAUAUACAAUUGUGUUGACGGAAGGAUUGAUUUUGUGUAGAUGUUUGAUGUAACUUUGCUCACUAAAAAUAAAGUAACUGAGGAUUUUUACUUCUGAUGGAAAGCACAAGAAGCUUCACAUUCAUUAACAUGCAACAUGUGCUCUAUUCAUCUACUAUUUCUAUGGAUUAAAAUAGAAAAAGUUCAAAUUGAUUUUUUUUCUCUGAAAUUUUAGCAGGUUCACCAGCCAGUAGAAAAUAUACACAUGAUGGUUUGCAUUAUAAUUGAUGUGUGUAUGUGGUAUGUGUGUAUGUGUGUGUGUUUUCUGUUCUGUUCUGAUAAAGGAAAUUGUUUUACCGAUGGGGUUCAACAUUUCUGUCAUCUUUUGUGGAUUUUCAUUUCCCUGUGGAAGAUGCAUGCUUCCAUCUAUUUUUCCUGAUUCCUUCCUGACCAGCAUUUAGUCUUGGGUUUUAGGUUUCAGAUUUAACACUACAUAGAGGAAUAAAAUAACCCUAUAAGGCAUUGUAAGAAAGCAAGUCAUUCUAUUAUAAUUGAAAAUUACUUGACAUUAUGUGAAUUGAAAUAGUUCUCACUCAUUUUCAGGAACUUUAUUUGAGUAUAAAGUUCUAAAACCUUUCC